CGACUGCCACAAGCGGCGUGUUUGUCGCGCGCAGCUGUUCAUUCUUGUAUCUUGCCGCUUCACUGGCUGCGACGGCCAGGAUACCCAACGAACGAUCAUGGCGGCAGUCACCGUCGCCGAGUUGCCUUUUCGGCCGGACACACCCCUCGAGUCCGAGGACGACGACAAUUUCAACACUGCUAAUGCGCGUAUUCACUUUGGACAGCUCAAGUCGCCGGAGAAGAAGAUCAGAUCGGAAGUGCUAGGGUCUGUACAGACACCAGUGAACCAGCGGACUGUCAGGCGCUCGGCGCGACUCAGCGGGGGCAGCGAUGUUGCAACGCCUGAGCAGCCGCAAGGGGAACCUAGCGAACCGCUCGCGCCGGUAGAACCGGCAGAUACACCAGAGCGGGCCACAACGCCAGAUAGUGGGGAGCUGGAAGAACCUCAGUCCCAACUAGCAAGCCGAAUCAUGAGCGCACACGACAACCCUUCGCCCCCACCCCAGUCGCCGCUUAAUCUGCCUGGAGAAGACGAUAGUCGGCCUCCGUCGCCAAACCCAAACGCAAACCUGCUACCCAUCCCGUUCAUCCUCCCCACCUCCCCAUCCCCGGACGACCACAGUCGCGAUUCGCUGAACCUGAUGUCCUUCAACUCCGCCUCCUUUUCCCUCUCACCGCGGCAGCCGAUCGAUGCAGGACCUCAAACGAUGGACUUCCUCACCGGAUCGCCGUCAAUGGCGUUGACGGUACCGUCUGUUAACGUCGCACCCGCGGAGGCACCCCUUAGUCCCAACUCCAUGUUGAUCCCCGUGAGCCCAACGCAGAGCAAGGCGGACGAAGAGGCUGUAGCGGCGGAGCUUUUCGCCCCCGCACCCCCAUCGGACUUGCCCUCUCCAUCGCCGCAGCCUCCUGCUGGUGGCAGUCCCUCGCGUUCAGACACGCCUGAGGCGCUCCAGCUUCUGGAGGCCCCACCAGCGUCGGAGGAGCCAUUAAGGUCACCAUCUCCGGGGAAUGAAGCGGGUCCAUCCAAUGCAUCUCCAUUCAGCUUGAAGUCUCCCCGCCGAUCAAGCCGUCCACGACGCAGUGUCGUCCCUUUCACUAUCCCUACCACCCCAGCGAAGUCCCCGCACAAAGAAGAGGGGUCCGUGAAGAAACGCAAGAACACCCAGGACUCACGAUCCCGACGCAAGAGCCGUGGCCCCGCACAGUUCCAAUCGAAGGAGGACAGUAACUCGCCGGACCACGAUCCCCUCUUCGUGCAACCUUCCCCGAUGCGGCAGGCGUCGCCUACGAGGCCCCUCUUCCCCGUACGCGACUUUCAAGCGUUUGAGACGCCACAGCCAUCCCCUAGUCGGCGAUCACGGUCGCCGGAGCGGCCACGAAUUCACGAUCCGAGCGCGUAUGCGAGGGAGGUUGGGUCUCUUUCGCCCAAUGCUGUCAACGUCCUUGGCAAUCUGGCUUUUGCCGCGCUUGCCGAAGCAGACAACGAGAUGGAGGUCGACAAGUCUGACUUUGCCCCAGCAGCAAUGGACGCUGAGGCAGAGGGCGCUGAGGAGGGACCAACAGAACCUCCCGCAUCUUCAACUCCUACCCCCGAGGAACCUACCAUCGCUCCUGAAGUACCGGAAACCGCGUCGAACGAGGAAGCUAUAGCUUCAGAGAACAUUGCUCCUUCGACGCCUCCACCCCCCGCACCAUCGUUACCGAUGCGCUUCCCAUCCCCGGCGAAGUCUUCGCCAACCAAGAUGAAGAUGGUCAUUAAGCCCGGGGACGUGAGCGAAUCACCCGCACGGCGCGUUCCCGCGAAAGCAACGGCCUUCCCUUCGCCUGCCAAAGGUGGCUCUUCGAACGCCGCCCCGGCCAAAUUCACGAUACCCAGAGGAGCAGGCACGCAGGAGAGCCCUGCGAGAAGAGUGCCGGCGGCGAUGAGCAAGAUACCCAGUACCCCCUUGCGCGGCUUGCGCCUGCAGGCGCCGUCAAGCGUCAGCCGGCCAUCUAGUCGCGUUCUAGAGCCUUCAUCCGCUUUGCGUCAGCCUGCAUCGGCCUCACGCCCGCCCUCGUCGAUUACGCGACCGCCCUCUGCUAUCCGUCCACCCAGUGUCGAGCGCAAUGCGUCGGUCGAGCCGCGGCUUCCCGCUCUAACGUUUGAGCGGAGUCGCAGCGCGUCCGCCGAGCCUCCGUCUUCUGCCAUCUCGCGAUCGAAGGGGAAGGCGAGGGCGACGCCCGUCGAGCCAAAGGGGAGGAGCGCGUCUGUCGAGCCGCCGUCUGCUGUUGCGAAGACGAAGUUGGCGCAGCGUCAGCUACCAUUCCCGUUCACGGCAAUUGCGGAGGAGCCCGAGGAGUUGAAGGAGUCGACAGCUGCGGCGAGCACGUCGGAGGGGGCUGCGGGCUCGUCGACGGCUGCCGUAAAGUCGAGGUUGAGACAACCUGUUGCUGGCUCGACAUUGAAGGCCAAGUCGACGACGAGGAUACCGCGGAUGGGCAAGCCGUACGCGAGGCCGCCAUCGGCCACGAAGCCCACCGUAACUAAACCGACGCCUACUGCUGUCAAACCACCAUCGACUACAGCUAAGCCUGCGUCGUCUUCCUCGCGCCCGGGCAGCAGCACACAGGCUAACUCGUCGAAGAGCGUGCAUAUGUCGAUCAAUGGAGGCAAGAAGAUGAGAAUGGUGGAUCUGACGCGAGAAGCGCCAAAGAGGCAUGAGCCCGAGGUCUCGCCUGCGACUGCUGGAUCCGUCACCGUGACCAAGAAGACUUCUCCACCGGCUCGUGCAGCUCGCGGAGCCAAGUCACCUCCCCAGACGAGCGAUACAGCAGAUUCUGCAGCGGAUGCGCGCAAACGGAAGACAAAUGACGUCGCGGCAGAUAGUCCACCAAAGAGACGCAAGCAGAACGAUGGGAGCUCUUCACCUCCAACCCCGCCUGCCCCUCUGGCUGACGCUGCUCCCUCGAGCGACCAUGACAUGGCUUCGGAACAUGCAGAGGGCGCGACGCCUUUGCCUUUCUCAGAACCUCUUGCGACUGCUCAACAGCCGGAACAAGCAUCUUCACCUCCGCGACCGACCGCUCCUGAACCCAUAGACUCGCCCGAGAAACGCAUCGCGUCUCACUUGCAGCCUACGCAGCCGUUAGCUGUCCGACGUACUACCCGCUCUCGGAGAGGAGGGACAGAGCCGCCGCAAACGCCUGCCCCUGCACCUCGUCGAGCGCGUGUGGUGCACGCCCCGACAGACGCGCUGGGCGGGAUGUCUGCUGUUGCGCUGCGGGCGCUCACGAACGCGAACACACAGAAGAAUCAGGACUAUCUCGCCGCGCGCAUCGAGACCGAGAUCAUACGCAGGGAGGGCGACCGGCCGGACAGCCCGGCGAUGAAGAUGAAGUCGAACGGGCAGAAAGAGCAGGAGCGAGGACGGAUACAGCACUCCGGAGCGUCCACAGCGGCAUCGGAGAGGACCUGGUGACGAGGAAGACUACGAGACGCCGAUGAAGAUAGGGCGCUUGAGGUUCGAUGGUAAAGCGCAGGAAGAGGAGGCGGAAGAGGCGGCGAGGAGGGUGAAGUGGGAUCGAGCACUGCAAACAGCGAAAUGUCUGGAGGAUAUAUUGCCUCAUCCGCCUAAGGCCUCGACAUUGCCUGAACGCUCGUUGAAGAAGGGCUGUCUGUCUGCAGCUGCCAAGGCCUUGCAGCUUGAUACUCUGGGCAACCUGCCGGCGACCUCUCCGCUGAAGGACUUGGUGCCAGAGAACGUGGUCGUGAAGA